ACGUCUUGGGAAUCUCACAGCACACAAAGAAAAGAAAAAAAGAGUGAAAAAGCAUAACUGCAACUCACAUUAUUCUCUGAUUCUAUACAUCAAAUCAAAUGCUUUAAAUCUUCUACUUAUAUUCUGAUAUUAGAAAGUAAAAUUGAAACUUAUUCGUUCUCUACUUGUGUGUAACAAGAUUUCACAUGGCUUCUUCCUCCAAUAGUACUGAUGAAGAGUGGGGAAUUGAGAAGAAAGAACCAACCCCUUUGGAAAAGCAUGUUAUGUUCUUUGAUAUUAACAAAGAUGGUCUCAUUUACCCAUGGGAAACUUAUAAAGGUUUCCGGAAAAUUGGAAGUGGCGUUCUCCUCUCAACCGUUGCUUCAAUUUUCAUAAAUAUUGGUCUUAGUGGCAAAACUCGACCUGGGAAGUGGCCUUCUCCACUAUUUCCAAUUGAGGUGAAGAACAUCAAAUUUGCUAAGCAUAGCAGUGAUAGUGAUGUCUACGAUACUGAAGGAAGGUUCUGUCCCGAAAAAUUUGAGGAGUUAUUCAAGAAGCAUGGACGAACAAAUGAAGAUGCCUUAACAGGCACUGAAUUAGAUGAACUGCUCAAGGCAAACAAGCAACCCAAGGACUUUGCCGGACAUAUUGCAGCUAAAUCAGAGUGGAAAAUACUGUAUCACCUUUGCAAAGAUGAGCAUGGCUUGCUGCCCAAAGAGACAGUCAGGAGUGUUUAUGAUGGUAGCCUUUUUGAACAAAUGGCCAAGGCAAAGCAAUCCAAGAAACACAAGGGUAAAUCAAGUUCCUAAAAGGUGCAGCAAUUGAUUUCUACUUAUGCGUUUGACAGUGUUAAUAUUGGAGCUAUAACAUUGGUGGGGGGUGGGGAAGAAAAAAUCAGAACAAUGUACACUUUGUAUAUUAUAUAGUAGUUGUGCAUUUUCGAGAAACAAUACAUGUGAAUGUGAUAUUUGUUUAGACGGGUUGCUGAUAUUUGUUUAAUUUGGUAUGAUAUUAAUUUGUCUGUGGUGUUAUUACUGUUCUUUGUAAAAUUAAAAGGAAAAGGGUGGAAUUUGUUGCUAUAUAAUUCGAUAUUGAUUGAGCCGUCAGAAAA